AUGUCGUACGGAGACCACGAUUUGGAUCAUAGCCUCGAGGAACAACACGAUUUAGGCCUUACUGUCCGUCGUCAGACGUAUCAUCGAUUGGGAUCUCAAGAUUACACAAAUAUUGGACCUCGAGAUUAUGAGAGCAUCGAGUUAGAGAAUCGAUCGAGUCAUGGAUCAUUCCAGCAAAGUUCUAAUCCAUAUAGAGUGCCCCGUAAACCAGUAGCAGGUUCCGCUAGAUCGGGUUUCACUCCACUCAUCCAACAAGAUAUUGGAAACGCUGCGGCAGGACCAGCAGUAUCAAAAAAGGCAUUCUGGAAUGCCGAUUCAUGGCCUCUCCUCGUCAAAUUUAAUAACUGGCAACGUAAUAAUCGGUACGCCGGAUGGCGCCUAGGCGUUCUAGCCGGCUGCAUUUUGUCCGUCGUCGUACUCUGCAUCAACGUCAUCCUCUUCGCCAUUGGAGCUACAGUUGAAGGCGGUUAUGUCGAUGGCUUUGCUACGCUUCACAAAGGACCUGCCCAUCGCAUUGGCAAUCUCAGCACCAUGUACCAUGUUCUCAUCAACAUCCUCAGCACAUCGCUACUGAGUGCUAGCAAUUAUACCAUGCAGGUGCUCUGCUCUCCAACGAGGAAAGAGGUCGACAAGGCCCAUGUCAAGGGACAGCAUUUGAACAUUGGAAUUCUCAGUACGAGGAAUCUUUGGAGCAUCAGCAAACGCAGGCUUGCAUUGUGGUGGAUUCUGGCACUGUCGUCUGUCCCGCUUCAUUUAUUCUACAACGCCGCAAUCUUCAAAGUUACUUCCGGAAAUCAAUAUGUUGCACAAUUCGUCAACGUAGCCCAGUCCGACAUCUAUCACAGUCUCAAUACAAGUAAAACUAUUCACCGCAUGAACAACACCGAGUGGCGUAAGACGUACAGCUCGCGCUACGUCUCGGAGACCGGCGACAUUUAUCUCAUCGUCGACCAGAUUGCCCUCGAAUACGAAUUUUUCAAGUCUCCAAACCACUCCCUCUCCAAUUUCGCUCUUUCUGCUCCCAUGUCCGUGUCAGUCGACCCGGAGAAAGAUUCAUCGUUGACUAGCAAAAUGCAAUGGCAGGAGGGAUCUUGGUAUAUACCAGAUACCAUCGCAUAUCUAAAUAAGACGCUGGACUUGUCGGGCAAUUACUCUUGGUCUCCGGGCACAGAGUGGGCGGAGAACCCAAACAACACCUAUCACAUCCAGUACUCCUUCGUUAAACCUGCGAUCGACCCCAACACAAGCAAAGUUCAGAUCGGCCUUAUUUUCAUGGCCAUAGUCAUUGGCUGCAAUUUCAUCAAAGCAUUGGUUAUGCUGAUCACUUUUCUGGAUCAUCAGAGUGCAUAUCUCGUCACCACCGGUGAUGCCCUGGCUUCUUUCUUAACAAGACCAGAUCCUACAACGGUUGGAUGUUGCAUCUCUGCCUACGAUGCCAUCGACCAGCGCGUCAAGAAGCUUGUAGAAGCAGGGCCUAUUAACGAGGGCCAUUCGCAGGAUUCAUCAUUAGAAGGCGAAUUCUGGGUCAAACGGCAUCGACUAAUCGACAGCGCUAUUAGUGGACUUAGAGGCAAAGCAGCCUACAUGCUCUGCACCAUCACCGUCGUUGGCGGCGUGGCCCUCCCCACUACCCUCGGUCUCCACGUUAAAGCCUGGGGCCCCGCGUCCCCGCUCACCUUCUCCCUUAGCACCCACAACACCUUCAACACGCGCGACCUGCUCCUCAAUGCCUCCCUCGCCAACCUCCCACAGCUCUACCUCAGCAUCUACUACAUCACCUUCAACGGGCUGUACACCUGCGUCGCCAUGGCCUACGAAUGGAACGCACUCGGGAUUAAAAGAAGAGGCCUCCGCGUCACCAAAGAAGAAGGCGACCAACGCAGUACGCACUUCCUCCAACUGCCCUACCACUGGGGCCUGCCCAUUGCCGCAACGAGCGGGGUCCUCCACUGGCUCAUGUCCGAGACGCUCUUCCUCGUGCGCGCGGACGUCCGCGACCGCGACGGGCAGCUGCUGGAUCUGGAGUCUUUCUCCGCGUGCGGGUACAGCUUAUCGAGUCUGCUCGCGCUGGUGCUGGUGGGCUUUGUGCCAAUUCUGGUGACAGGGUGGGUGGUUACGAGGCCCCUGAGGCAGCGGGUGCCGUUCGCGGCAGGGAACAGCUUGGUUGUCAGUGCGGCAUGCCAUCCGCCGGCGGACGAUGUGGAUGUGCAUUUGAAGAAGGUGAUGUGGGGGGAGGUGGGGAGGUUUAAGGACGUAGGACAUUGCUCGUUGAGUAGUGCAGAGGUGGGGGAGCCGGUGCCUGGAAUGAGGUAUGCGUAGGAAAAACAAUCUCAUAGGAUCUUGUGAAGAAGUGGCUGAUUUUGGGCCACUUACAUAAACAUCUGCCCUCAGACUCCGACGCAAGCUUGAUUGGAGUGUCUCCAUGAUGCAAAAUGAGAGCGAGCACUUAUGUGCUUAAAUUGACAGAGCUUUAGCCACGAACCGAGUCCGAAACCACCCCAUAUCACCCUCGAAUGGGACCUUCUCGGCUACAAGCCGUGUACUGCGAUACUCAGACAAGUUCAACGCCGAAGGUCACCUCUCCUUCUGUAG